AUGUCCGCUUCAGAGGUUGCCGCACAUAGCCUAGUCCUCGCCGGAAUAACUAAUUCCGGUGCAAUUAUCAUUAAUGGGGUCAUCCUGGAUUGUUACUGCUUGAGCACCACCCUGUCUUUUCACCACAUAGAUUCUGUUACAAAAUUCAUCGCUGAAGAAGGAAUGUCCGAGUGUGAACAGACCACCUAUGUAACAGGUGACAGUGCUAUGGUUUCGGCAAUGACAACUAAAAUUCAGAUUGGAAAUAUGAGUGGGGAAACCACUUCUGCUACAGAACAGGGGGAAAGCCACACAGUGAGCACGGGAGUGGAUCUACAAAUCCAAGCUGAAACAGAAUCGAAGUAUGAGCAAGGUACUGAUAUGAUGAAGCCAAUUGCUUCCAGCGGUCUGUUUGAUCGCAAACGAAGUCCAUCGAUUGCUGCUGCACUCCUUUCCGGAGAUCGCGAACCUGGACAUAAGAUAUACGUACAAUUUGUAAGUCCCAGUGGUGCAGAAGUGAUCGGAGCCUAUGAAAAUGAGGAGGAGUUCGCUGGGAUGGAGCUAUCUGUUCAGUCAGUUAUAGGCCGUUUGCUCUUCACUUUGAGUUCAUUGAAAAUGAGCAACCCUGACCGCCACGCAGCUGCAGUUCGUCGUUUGCAGGAUCUUGAAGAAGAAUUACGCGCUGUUGGGGCUGUUUGCCCUCCAGAUACGACUGCUUCAAAUGUUGUUUCCAAGAUUCUUGCUUCAGCAUCACCCACUUCUGAUAUUCAGAUUCGUGUUAAUUCUUCUCAGCAUAUCACUAACACGAAAUCUGUUUUUGAAACGGAAACGCCUGGCAUGGACGGUCUCGAUGCAGCAACCGUGCAGCAUUUGCAGCAACAACUUAUAUCAAAUAUGAGUGUGCGAGAACCUUCUUUAUCUUCAACAGAACCAAAUAUCCCAACAGUUACCGAUCAGAGACAUGAAGCCAUGGCGGAGGGCUUCACGAGUGAAGAUGGUUCUGUGGUUGUAUCAAAGAAGAUGACACGCGUUGUAACUACGACAAGGACAACAUUUCCAGGAGAGAAGACGGAGUCGAAUAUGGGAGAUUUGAUACGGUUGAAAGUGAACGAACAGGUAUACUCAGGCAGUGUGGAUCCCGGUGACCAACACAUACAUUUGGUACCAAUUACCAAGCAGCGGCAAUAG